AUGGAGCCUGUAUCUGAAGAACUCCACCCUCACAAUCCUGGCCUCCAGUCCCCUGCUGCACAGAUGCCCUUCCCAGAGAAGACCUGUUCUGGCCUGGGCUCAGAGAGGGAGAAGGAUUUAGGAAACAGCUCUGAGGAAGAUGAAGACAGAGGCUGGAAGAGGCAGAGGAGACAGGAGGCCCGUCUGCCCCACACAACAGGGAGCCCCUCAGAUGCGAAGUGCAAUGGGGAGAAUUUAGAUGCCACUCUCCCAGAGAGCCCUGCCUCUGGUCACCGCAGCUGCAGUGAAGAGGCCCACAAGGACUCCUCUUCCCAAAGAGCUCAGAGGAGGUCCCUGUCACCUGAACUCCAGUGCACCCCAGUGAACAAGAAGGUCAAGUCCCAGUCGCCUGGACCCCAGCGCAGCCCUCUUCACAAGCGCCCAUCUCUUCACAAGCGCCCAUCAGAUCACAAGCGCCCCUCUCUUCACAAGCGUCCCUCUCUCCGCCGAGGCCUGGUGACAGCCCUGCGCUGCCUGUCCCAGGCCGUGUAUGAGGACAUGGUGCAGGCACAGAGGCAGCAGCUCUGCACUCCACUCCCUCAUGAGCACCUGGCCCCGCUCACCCAGCUCCAGGUGCCCCUCACAGGCCUGGUGCAGACCCUCUACUCCAUGGCCAGCCAGGCGGCCUGGGCCUUCCCUGCUGAAAGCUGGAUGGUGGCCCGUUCCCCCACGGCCCGAGCUGCUGGGUACUCCUCCCAUGAGUGA